AUGGCAAGUGUAAAGAAGAAAAUUCCCAGCAAGGCGCGCCGGCGAAUCUCUCGGACCAGAAAAUCUUCAGAUGACUGGGAUUCUUCUCAGUACACUGACUCAUCUUCGAUAAAUUCUGACGGGUACAGAGACUUCCGUCGCUUCUCUAACGCUGAUCGCGUCCGAAAUUCCUUUGACAAGUCGGCCGACGUAGAUGGGGAGUCUGCCAACAUCAUGGGUGUUGGGAUCGGUGUCAGUUUGGGACUUUUCCUUGCUGGGCCCGGAAAAAAGGACACCAACACCAAUAUUAAGAUGAUGGUUAGGAUGAAGAAGUUGGUCCAGAAGCGCCGUGCAGACGCUGAGCGCAGAGCUCGGCGGGGCGACACCGACCCUCGCUACGAGUACGUCUUCCAGGUGCUAGGCGCCUGUACGGGCAUCCCGAGGCACCAGGUCAUGGACUUCGUGUUCGAGGAGAAUUUGCUCGAGGAACUCGGCAAGUUUCUGUCGCCCGGAGAGUACCACAACAUGGUGUGGUUCUACCAGCCCGCCGAGGAAGAGGUACCUGAGGUGGCCAUCACAGAGGACGACCAGGAGACUAAAGCAGACCACGACGACGACCACGACUCUUGCAAACCGGUGACAUCGCCUCUGAUGCCGCCGUCGGGAGUGUCGCGCCGGAACUCUGAGAUCAGCAGCGCCUCGGAGCUGCAUGACUCCAGACGUAACUCCAUCGCGACCGAACAUUCUGACGACGGCGGCAGCGACGCGCGGGGCUUGGGUCCGGCAGGGAAGCGCAUGCGUCUGUUUGUGGGCGACCCGCGCCUAGUGCCGCUCACUGGAGUCUGCGUCUGGAUGACUCGUACCAACCCGCAGCGUACAGUCUCUGAAGAAAAUGUUCACAGAGAGGUAAACUUUGGAGUGCUGCGCGCGGGCUCUGGGGGCGUGGUGCUGCGGUCCAUCGAAGCAAUGCUGCGCCGAGUGUUCGUGCCCGCUGUACGCCUCAACCCGGGACCGGACCCCUCAGCCGGCGGCACUGCAAGGGACCAUCUCCUGGCCGGUCUGCGGUCGUUCGCUUCCUGCCUCAAUGUGUCGGAGCAGAUCCUGCUGGAGAGGCUGGAGCUGGGGCCCGUUGAGGGGGGGCUGGAGGUGGGGGGCGGGGCGCUGUCGAGCGCCCAGCGGUUGCUCGCUAACCCCGACCACGUGGCCGCCGUCGAGCGCACCGCCCGGGCAUGGCUGCACGUCAUCGAGUCCGUUUUAAUUGAGAUGGAGCAGCUGAGGCUGGAGACGGACUCCGCUGGGCCGCAGGACGAGCUCGAGUACUGGAAGAAGAGGAUGGCCAAAUUCACGUUCUUGGCCCAACAGAUGGACCUGCCUCAUGUUCGUGGAGUGGUGCUGGUGCUGCAACUGUCGCGCUCGAAGGUGCUGCCGGCGUGGCAGGCGGCAGACGACCGCGUCACCAAGAACUUGGCAGAAGCAAAAGACAACGCAAAAUUCGUGUAUUCCAUCGAGGAACAUUGCCACCCGCUCUAUCUCAACGAUCCUCCCGGGAUGAUCCCCUACAUCAUGCCACUAUUCAACACCAUCCGCAUGAUUCAUCUCGUGUCGAGGUUCUAUAACACGUCGGAAAAGCUAUCUGCUCUUUUGAUCAAAAUCACAAAUCAGAUGAUCCGAGCAUGUCAAGUGCACGUGUCGUGUCGAGGCGAGAAGACCAUCUGGAACCAGCCUAGGGAAGAGGUCAGGAAGAAGAUCAACGACUGCCUCAAGCUCAGCGCUGCCUAUCGAAGAAGUUAUGAGAAAACCAAGGAACGCCUCGACAAGACUCCAGGGGAGCGCCGCCAGUUUGGCUUCAGCGAGCAGUACGUGUUCGGGAAACUGGAGCUCUUCUGUGGCCGCCUGCAGAACAUCCUUCUUCUCUUCGACCAGAUGGACAAAUUUACGGAAUUUUUCGAAGGACGGGCAGAAUCGCUAUUGCCCAUGGAGCAGGGCCUGAAAGACAUCAUCAAGUCAUGGCAGGAGAUGUGUUCCGAAGUAUCGAAUAAGUCAUAUGAUUACCUCAACUACCGAGACUCUCAGUUCGACGACGACCUAGAAGUGUUUGGCAGUAGCGUGAAGGAGUUGCUCAGGAGAGUGCACACGAUGGUGGAGAAAGAGCAUGAGGAGGUUUGGGACACGCCCAUGGCUCUGCGAAUGUUGAACAGGUUCGAGAAAAUAGCAGAGGUUGUACCAAAUUUGGAUGUUGAAGGGAAGCACAAGAAAGUCCUGGCUCAUUAUCAUCAGGAAAUUGACAAGGUGACCAAAGCCUACAACAAAUACUGCGACUGUCCGCUACCGCUACUGGGUUUACCGACCAUUGCAGGCAAGAUCAUGUGGGCACGGACGCUCUUCAAGCACCUGGAGGAGCCCAUGGACUUUUUUAAAGACCAUAAAGUUCUGCUGCAUUUACCUGAGGGUAAAGAAGCCGUCAAGCGCUACAACAGACUGGGGCGCAUCCUCGUACAGUACGAGAUCACGUACUACGACAUGUGGAGAAGACAAAGCAUAGCAGAGGUGCAGAAAUCUCUGCGUUGCACCCUCAUUGUGAAGCAUCCAGAGAACGAGGAUCUCUACGUCAACUGGGAUCCUCGGAUCCAAGCUCUGUGUCGUGAGGCGACGUGUAUGCAGCAGAUGGGAUUUCAAAUCCCUUACGCGGUAAACCUCCUUCUGAACAGAGCUCCACUGCUCUACCAGAAACGAGAUAUGGCACGACACAUUUUAAAGGAGUACGAGAAGGUGCUGGUAAAAGCCUGUCCCCAAGUGAGGUCUUUGCUGGUGCCCCACGCCUCGAGGCUGCGAGAGGCGCUUCAACCUGGCCUCACGACCCUGACUUGGUCUUCUGUUUCGACGCAAGCUUUCUUUGAGGCCACAAUUGAACAACUCAAGUCUUUCGAAACUCUCGUUGAUCGAGUGAACGACAUUUUCCAGCACCGCAUGGAAGGCACGCUGGAAGACAUGGCUGCCGUGGCACUGCUAACUUUGCCCACCGAAAAGCCGUGGAGCCUCGACACGCUAGUCAACACGGCCUUCGCGACGUGCUGUCGUGCUGCUAGGGAUUUGAACGCCUUGAGUCGGGUCAUUGAGGACGCUUUGUUCGACCUGAUCUCGCUGGUGGUGGGCGAGAUGAACAAGGUUGCCGGACUUGAUGGUUCGGUUGGAGGGACCGAAGGUGGCUUGUCUUCGUACUUGUCCUUCGAAGAGCUCGAGGAAGGGAAGAAUUUCGAUGAUUCCAAAUCAGUGACAUCACUGGGUUCAUCUCGCCGGUCCCGGUCGAACAGUCCUCAGCCCAACCGCCCCGGGGGAGACGAGAGCUUCGGGGUACCAAAACUGGACCUGCCGCGUCCCCUCACCGCGCAGGAGAAACACAACAAGAAGCUUCUCGAGAUGAGGGAGAAAGUGGCGUCCGCAGUGCGGGAGAUCCGGCGUUCAUAUCACAAGAGAGUGCUGGAGGUGGUGAUAAGAUCGGUGCGGAUGGCGCUUACAACGCUCUGUACCUACACGCAACCCUCGGCGCUCUGCAUUAGAACAUCUAAAGAUGAACCCAAAAGAGUUGCUCUUGUGUUGCUAGAAGCUCACAUCGUCGCCCCCGGCAUUGCAGUGACGCCCAAACUUGACGAAGUGAACGAAGCCCUCGUGAAGAUGGCCAGGAGUGUCCUCUCUGUGGCCAAGGGGAUCGCACGCUGGCAAAAAGGCUGCAAAAAUCCGGUGAACGCCGCUGCAGAGGCAGAACUAGAGCGCCAAGCCCUGGCAGCGCGGCGGGACUGGCGCGAGCGCGAGAAACUCCAGGAGGUGCCGGCGCGGCCGAGGAAUUACUACAGCGCUGUCUGCGAGAGCAAGGAAGUCCUCAAGAUUAUGAACCAGUUCACGAGUGGACUAGCUAACUUACAGCAGGAGCUGGAUAGCACGUUCAGUCCUUGGGAGAAAUAUCACACCCUCUGGAACGUAGAUAAGGACUCAACAAUUCGCAACAUGUUGGCGAGCUCCCCCACGCUGCCUGAGUACGCCGCGGUCAUCGAGGGCUACAUGCAGCUCGGGGACAGCAUCCUGGCAGAGCCUGACGCGUACAGUGUCGGGGCUGUUGAUAUCGCCACAAGCCGUCUGAAGAGCUAUCUUAUUGAAGAAACAAAGAUCUGGGUGUCUCGCUACGCGGAGGCCAUUAAGUGUCACUACAUGAAGGAGAGCGAGAGGUUGUUUGCUCUGCUCAACGAGCUAUCAAGACGUCUUGACCGUCCACUCAAGGACUUGGAUGACAUUAAAGGUGCCAUCGACAUCUUACGCAAAACCAGGGACCUUGAACUUGACAUGGACGAUUCCAUCGAUCCAAUUGAGGAGUCAUUUGCAUUGCUAGCCAAGUUCAGCCUUGGCCUUAACGAGGAAGAGAGUGACAAAAUGGAGAGCCUACGAGGGACUUGGCAGAAAGUUCUGGCGCAGUCAGUACAAGUUCAAAAUAAUCUCUCCAGAGUGCAGCCUCAUUUCAGGAACGAACUUAUCCGCAAUGUGGCAACGUUCAAGAAAGACUGCGCUCGUUUCUGUCAAGAUUACCGAAGCUCCGGACCAAUGGUACCCAGUCUCCUGCCUAGGGAAGCCUCAGAUCGUCUUGUGAUAUUUCAGAACCGCUUCGACUCGCUGUGGCGGAAACACGCAAGUUACUCGGUGGGCGAAGAGCUUUUCCGUUUACCGCGCUCAGAGUUCGUCGAGCUUGGCCAGAUAAGGAAGGAGCUCAACUUACUGCAGAAGCUCUACAAACUCUAUAAUGACGUCAUCGAUCGCGUGUCCUCUUACUACGAUAUCCCUUGGACGGAAGUCAACAUCGAAGAGAUCAAUAACGAGCUUAUGGAGUUCCAAAAUCGAUGUCGUAAGUUGCCGAAAGCUCUGAAGGAAUGGCCUGCGUUCAACGCCCUCAAGAAGACCAUCGACGACUUCAACGACAUGUGCCCUUUGCUGGAGCUCAUGUCGAACAAAGCCAUGAAGGCCAGGCACUGGCAGAGGAUAUCUGAAGCCAUCGAUAGGCCACUCAACACUGAGGCUGAAAACUUCUGCCUCAGGAAUAUUUUAGACACUCCGAUCCUGCAGUGCAAGGAGGAUAUCGAGGAUAUUUGUAUUUCGGCCGUGAAAGAGAAAGACAUCGAGGCCAAGUUGCGUCUGGUAACGAACGAGUGGGCGAGUCACGAGCUCACGUUUGCUGCCUUUAAGAACCGAGGCGAGCUUCUGCUGCGGGGCGAGAGCACCGCUGAGGUCAUCACGCAGCUCGAGGACAGCCUCAUGAUUCUUGGCUCUCUGCUCUCUAAUCGCUACAACACGCCCUUCCGGAAGCAGAUCCAGAAGUGGGUGAGCGACCUCUCGAGCACCAACGACGUGCUGGAGCGCUGGCUGUUCGUGCAGAACUUGUGGGUGUAUCUCGAGGCCGUUUUUGUGGGGGGUGAUAUCGCCAAGCAACUCCCGAAAGAAGCAAAAAGGUUUUAUGUGAUAGACAAAAACUGGCAAAAGAUCAUGGCUCGUGCGCAUGACAGCCCCAACGUGGUUACCUGCUGCGUUGGGGAGGAGCUUCUCAACCAACUGCUACCCCACCUCCAGGAGCAGCUCGAACUCUGCCAAAAAUCCCUCUCUGGAUAUUUGGAGAAGAAGCGGGUGAUGUUCCCGCGAUUCUUCUUCGUCUCGGACCCCGCGCUCCUGGAAAUCCUUGGACAAGCCUCAGAUUCUCACACAAUUCAGGCGCAUCUUUUGUCCAUUUUUGAUAACACAAAAUUCGUGAAAUUUCACGAGACUGACUAUGACAGAAUAGUAGCCAUUGUGUCUUCCGAGGGAGAGGUUGUUCAGCUCGAGAAGCCGGUGCGUGCAGAGGGCAGCGUGGAGCUGUGGCUGAUGAAGCUGCUGAAGAUGUCGCAGCAGUCGGUACACGGCAUCGUCAGGCAAGCCUACCACGUCAUUCAGGACCAGGAUCUCAACCUGCUGCGCUUCCUAGAGCAGUUCCCUGCUCAGGUGGGGUUGUUAGGGCUACAGAUGAUAUGGACCAGAGACUCUGAGAUCGCGUUGUCGCAAGCUCGAGCCGACAGGCGAGUCAUGACGGACAUGAACAACAGGUUCCUCGACUUAUUGAACUUGCUGAUCAACACAACGACGCGAGAUCUGGAACACGUUCAAAGAACCAAGUAUGAAACGCUCAUCACAAUCCAUAUCCACCAACGGGAUAUCUUUGAUGGGUUGUGCCGAAAUAAUGUAAAAUCUCCGAUGGAUUUCGACUGGUUGCGACAAAGUCGGUUUUACUUCAAAGAAGACGCGGACAAGACGUCGAUUGCCAUCACGGACGUGAACUUCACCUACCAAAACGAGUUUCUGGGCUGCACUGAACGACUGGUCAUUACCCCCUUGACAGACAGAUGUUACAUCACGUUAGCGCAGGCGUUGAGUAUGUGUUGUGGAGGAUCUCCAACAGGACCGGCAGGCACAGGCAAGACUGAGACCACCAAAGACAUGGGCAAGACUCUUGGCAAGUACGUGGUCGUCUUCAACUGCUCCGACCAGAUGGACUACCGCGGUCUAGGACGCAUCUACAAAGGCCUGGUGCAGUCUGGAUCGUGGGGCUGCUUCGACGAGUUCAACCGCAUCGAGCUCGCCGUGCUCUCGGUGGCCGCGCAGCAGGUCGCGGUACUGCACAACUGUAAGCGCGAGCGCCGCCCUAACCUUGUCUUCACCGACGGCGACCUUGUCGAAAUGAACCCUGAAUUUGGUAUUUUUCUCACCAUGAACUUGGGCUAUCACGGUCGUCAAGAACUCCCUGAAAAUUUGAAGAUCCAAUUCCGCAAUGUGGCGAUGAUGGUACCGGACCGACAAAUCAUCAUUCGCGUAAAACUCGCAUCUUGUGGAUUCUUGGAGAACAUCACCCUUGCUCGCAAGUUCUACACGCUCUACAAACUUUGUGAAGAGCAACUCACCAAACAGGUUCACUAUGACUUUGGCUUGCGCAACAUACUUUCCGUGUUGCGGACGCUGGGAGCUGCGAAGCGAGCGAACCCAAAGGACCCGGAAGCCGUGAUCGUCAUGAGGGUCCUCAGGGAUAUGAACCUCUCCAAACUAGUGGACGAAGAUGAACCUCUCUUCCUGUCCCUGAUCGACGACCUAUUCCCGAAUAUGUCUCAAGAACGUGGCUACUAUUCUCAGCUUACAACAGCCAUUGCUGAGGUGACGGAAGAGAUGGGUCUCGCCAAUCAUCCUCCUUGGAGGCUCAAACUAAUACAGUUGUACGAAACUCAGCGAGUUCGUCACGGCAUGAUGACAUUGGGGCCCAGCGGCGCCGGCAAGACCUCGUGCAUCCACGUACUGAUGCAAGCCCUGACUAAAAUAGGGCAGCCGCACAGGGAGAUGAGAAUGAAUCCAAAAGCCAUCACCUCGGCUCAGAUGUUCGGACGACUUGACGUAGCUACUAAUGACUGGACGGACGGGAUAUUCUCCACCCUCUGGCGAAGGACUCUGAAGACUAAAAAAGGUGAGAAUGUUUGGAUCGUGCUGGAUGGCCCUGUGGAUGCCAUCUGGAUUGAAAACCUAAACUCUGUCUUGGACGACAACAGGACUUUGACACUGGCUAACGGGGACCGGAUACCCAUGUCUCCCAACUGCAAAAUCAUCUUCGAGCCUGCCGACAUCGAAAACGCUUCCCCCUCCACGGUGUCGAGGAACGGCAUGGUCUACAUGAGCUCCUCAGGCCUGGACUGGCGGCCAAUAUUCCAGGCUUGGCUGAAUAACAGACCGCAGUUCGAGCAUCAAAUUCUCAGCCGUGUCUUCACGGAGCAUUUCCAGUCCAUCUUCACCUGGGCCAAACAAAACCUGCACUGGAGCCUCUCCGUCAUUGAAAUCAAUGUCAUCACGCAGGCACGUAUGCUGCGCAUGUUGGAUGGCCUCCUUCUAAGUGAUAGUUGUCUACAAGAAAGCUCCAGAGGAAAGGCCGGCCAAGCCUCGGUACACUCGGGUUACGGUCUUGGUUCAGAAGACGCAAUUGGUUACCCUGGUGCUGGCGUCGGUGGUGGAGGCUCGGAUACAAACAGUGUCGUGUCGGAGGCUUUCUGUUCCCCGGGAUAUGACGAAGCCGCGUCCGACACUCAAUCCGCGGUGACUCAUCUUCUCGCUGGGACGCUGCCCGAGGAGACGGACUACAACAAACCUCUGCCGAAAGAUUACGACCCAGACUCUGAUGAACCUCCUCCUAAACAAGCCUCCAUGGAGGAGCACAUCGAGCGGCUGUUCGUGUUCGCGAUGAUGUGGAGCAUCGGCGCCUUCAUGGAGCUGCCUGAGCGCCUGCUGCUCCAGCAGCGACUGCUCACCGAGCACAGCAGCCUCAGCUUCCCGGCGCUGCCUGAGGACUCGUACGAAACUAUCUUUGACUUCCUCGUCGACGAAAAUGGUUGGUGGCAGCGGUGGGAGUCGCGGGUUCCGAGUUUCGUUUACCCUGAACUUGGUUCCCUGGAUUACAUCUCCCUGCUCGUGCCUAACGUUGAUAACGUCAGGAUGGAGUUCCUCAUCCGUACCAUCGCUAAGCAAGGCCUCGGCAUUUUACUCAUCGGAGAACAAGGCUCGGCGAAGACCGUCACCAUCAAUGCUUUCUUGAAGAAAUACAAUCCCGAUGAGCAUCUCUACAGAAACUUCAACUUCUCCUCAGCCUCCACGCCAUACUAUUUUCAGAGGACCAUAGAAAGCUACGUGGACAAACGCUUGGGAACAACCUUCGGACCUCCCGCUGGCAAGAAAAUGUCCGUGUUUAUAGAUGAUAUCAACAUGCCUCACUUCAACAGCUGGGGAGAUCAGCCCACGAACGAAAUUGUUCGUCAGACGUUGGAGCAAGGGGGCUUCUACAGUCUGGAAAAACCUGGCGAAUUCACUAAGAUUGUCGACAUGCAGUUCCUCGCAGCCAUGGGACACCCAGGUGGAGGACGAAACGACAUACCUUCCCGACUGAAGCGUCAUUUCUGCAUCUUCAACUCGACGCUUCCAUCGGACCAGUCCAUAGACAAAAUAUUUGGCAGCAUAGCACGAGGUCACUUCAACGCGAAGCGUGGCUUCACAUCGGACGUCAGGGACGUGGUCGAGAAACUUGUUCCCCUCACGCGCAUCAUUUGGACUGCCACAAAGCUGAAUUUACUGCCGACACCUGCGAACUUCCACUACGUGUUCAACCUGCGGGACCUGUCGCGCAUCUGGCAGGGGAUGCUGAACGCCACGAGCAACGUGGUCACCACGCCUAGCCUCCUCAUCGCCAUGUGGAGGCAUGAGCUCGCCAGAGUGAUCUCGGACAGGUUCACCACCUCGAAAGACCUGAAGUGGUUCGACGAAAUCACUGAAUCUCACGUCACCGAACAUCUCGGCGAGGGAGCCAGACGAUGCGUGACGAAGCAGGAGUAUUUCGUGGACUUCCUGAGAGACGCUCCUGAACCUACUGGUGACGAGGGUGAGGACGCGGACAUGGAAAUGCCGCACGUGUAUGAACCCAUUCCGUCUUUUGAUAUUCUGGCGGAGAGGCUGGAAAUGUUCCUGUCCCAGUACAACGAGAUGGUGCGCGGCUCUGGCAUGGAUCUGGUGUUCUUUAAAGACGCCAUGGCGCAUCUUGUGAGAAUAUCCCGCGUUAUUUGUAACCCCGGCGGCAACGCUCUGCUUGUGGGGGUUGGUGGCUCCGGCAAACAGUCGCUCACUCGCCUGGCUUCCUUCAUUGCUGGCUACAAGACUUUCCAGAUAACACUUACCAGGUCGUAUAACAGCGCCAACUUACUGGAGGAUCUUAAAGUCUUGUACAGAACCUGCGGAAUACAAGGGAAAGGCACCACGUUUAUUUUCACCGACCAGGACAUCAAAGAAGAGAGCUUCUUGGAGUACCUCAACAAUGUGCUUUCGUCUGGGAUGGUGAGUAACCUGUUCAGUCGAGACGAGCAGGCGGAGAUCGUCUCCGAGCUUCUGCCCGUAAUGAAGAGGGAACACCCCCGCCGGCCUGCGACGCCUGAGAGCGUCAUGGAUUUCUUCCUGCAGAGAACCAGACAGAACCUGCAUGUGGUCCUGUGCUUCUCACCUGUAGGAGACAAAUUCCGAAGCCGUGCAAUGAGAUUCCCCGGUCUUAUAAGCGGCUGCACCAUCGACUGGCUGCAGCCGUGGCCGCGCGACGCUCUCGUCGCCGUGGCCGAUCAUUUCCUUCGCGCCUUCGAGAUCAUCUGCAGCGACGACGUGAAGGCCAACCUCGUCAAGUGUAUGGGGUCCAUGCACGACUUGGUGGCGCAGCUCUGCCACGAGUAUUUCAUGAGGUAUCGUCGCGCUGCUCACGUGACACCCAAGUCGUACCUAUCGUUCAUUUGCAUGUACAAGAAAAUUUACUCAGACAAGCGACAGGAAAUUGGCGACGCGGCGGCCAGGAUGACGUCUGGCCUCAACAAGCUGCAGGAGGCGUCCGAGGCCGUCGAGAGGCUCAAGGAGGAGCUGUUGGUGAUGGAGGGCGAGCUGGAGGUGGCCUCGCUGCGAGCUGAGGAGAUCCUGAAAGAAGUGACGAUCAGAGCAGAAGAAGCGGAGAGCAUCAAGGUGGCGGUGGAGAAGGUGCGGGACAAGGCGCAGGUGCUCGUGGACUUCAUCGCCAAAGACAAGGCGUUGGCCGAGGAGAAACUGGAGGCGGCGCGGCCAGCGCUGGAGGAGGCCGAGGAAGCUCUUAACACCAUCAAACCUGCGCAUAUUGCGACUGUGCGUAAGCUUGGGCGUCCUCCGCACCUCAUCAUGCGCAUCAUGGACUGCGUGCUCAUCCUCUUCCAGCGCCGCCUGCAGCCCGUCAAGGCUGAUCCUCUCGUCGCCUGCCCCCGACCCUCGUGGCCUGAGAGUCUCAAGAUGAUGGCGAGCACUACGUUCUUGCUUUCGCUGCAAAAUUUCCCGAAGGACACCAUCAAUGACGAGGUCGUGGAGCUCCUCGAGCCUUAUUUUAACCUUGAGGAUUACGACAUGGACACGGCGAGACGAGUCUGCGGGGACGUCGCUGGACUCCUCUCGUGGACCAGAGCCAUGGUUGCCUUCUUCACGGUCAACAAAGAAGUUUUACCGCUCAAGGCGAAUUUGGCACUGCAAGAAGCGCGACUGCGCGUUGCAAUGGGUGAUUUGGCACGAGCUCAAGCCUCCCUGGACGAGAAGGAGCGCGCGCUGGAGGAAGUCCGUGAUCAGUACCAAGCUGCCCUGGCAGACAAGCAGAGAUUGAUGGAUGCUGCCGAUACUUGCAGACGCAAGAUGCAGGCCGCAGUCACUCUUAUCAAUGGACUGGCUGGAGAGAAAGUUCGAUGGACUGAACAAUGUUUAGACUUCAAACAUCAGCUGGGAAGGCUUGUGGGUGACGUGUUGAUCACCACGUGCUUCCUUUCAUACGCCGGGCCCUUCAAUCAAGAGUACAGAACAAAAAUGCUCGCCACGUGGAAAGGAAUGCUAAACAGCCGCCAAAUUCCGUUCACCACCAGUCUCAAUAUCACCAACUGGCUGGUUGACAACGCCACGGUUACGGAAUGGAACUUGCAAGGCCUUCCGAAUGACGAGCUGAGCAUCCAGAAUGGCCUCAUUGUCACCAAGGCUUCCUGCUACCCUCUGCUGAUAGACCCUCAGGGACAAGGCAAAAAUUGGAUCAAAAAUCGUGAAAGCAAAAAUGAACUCCAGAUAACAUCUCUGGAACACAAGUAUUUCCGAGCCCACCUCGAGGACUCCCUGUCGCUUGGCCGGCCUCUGGUCGUAGAAGACGUCAGGGAGGAGCUGGACCCUGUGCUCGAUAACCUCCUCGAUAGGAACUUUAUCAAAUCAGGAUCGAUUCUCAAGGUUGGUGUUGGAGACAAAGAGUGUGAUGUGAUGCCUGGUUUUAUGCUCUACAUCACCACUAAGCUACCAAAUCCUGCCUACACUCCGGAAACAGCAGCAAAAACGUCCAUCAUCGACUUUACCGUCACGGUUCACGGGCUGGAAGACCAACUGUUAGGUCGAGUUAUCAGAACGGAGAAAAGUGAACUGGAGAAAGAGAGGAUCGCUCUCAUCCAGGAGGUGAUGGAUAACAAGAGAAGAAUGAAGGAACUGGAAGACAAUUUACUCUUGCGGCUGACAUCCACCCAGGGCUCGCUAGUGGACGACGACGAUCUUAUUGUGGUGCUACAUGAGACUAAGGCCACUGCAGAAGAUGUCAGCCAUAAGCUCCUAGUGGCCGCUGAAACCGAACUUAAAAUUAACGGAGCCCGGGAAGAGUACCGAGCCGUGGCUGCCAGAGGCUCCAUCUUAUACUUCCUCAUCAUGGAAAUGGUUGAAGUGUCGUGCAUGUACCAGACGUCCCUCAGACAGUUCCUGACACUCUUCGACACAGCUUUGCUCAAAGCUGAGAAGAGCUCGAUCCCCCGCAACCGCAUCUCUAACAUCAUCAAGUAUCUGACAUAUCAAGUGUGGCGUAUCGCGUGCCGUGGCUUCUACGAGCGACACAAGUUCCUCUUCACGCUCCUGCUCGCCAUGAAGAUCGACAUGCACCGCGGUCACGCCACGCACGAGGAGUUCAUGACUUUCAUCAAGGGUGGAGCGUCUCUAGAUCUGAAAGCAGUUGAUCCGAAGCCCUUCCGAUGGAUCCUGGACAUCACGUGGCUGAACAUAGUUGAGCUGAGCAAGCUGCCGCCCUUCAAGGAUCUUCUCCAACGCAUCACUGACAACGAAAGGGAGUGGCGCGUCUGGUUUGAAAAGGAAAAGCCUGAAGAGCAGCUUCUGCUGCCUCUAAAAACAUGAUAUGCAGAAACUAAACUUGGCUAUUUUCAGGAAGAACUGCCAUGCGGGUACUCGAAAUCGCUGGACAUGUUACGACAGCUGCUGCUUGUCCGGUCCUGGUGUCCGGACAGGACACUUUCUCAGUCUAAAAGAUACAUCAGAAAAGCUUUAGGGGAGCAGUUCGCCGACCCCGUGGUCCUGGACCUGGAGGCCACCUGGGAGGAGAGUGACCGCCGGACGCCCAUGAUCUGCUUGCUGUCGCAGGGCUCUGACCCGACGCUGCAGAUCGAGGCUUUGGCCAAGAGCCGAGAAAUGGAACUGCGCACAAUUUCCAUGGGACAAGGCCAGGAAGGUCACGCUCGAAGGUUGCUGCAGGAGGCCAUGAUCAACGGUCGCUGGCUGCUGCUGCAGAACUGUCACCUCAACCUCUCGUUCUGCCUCGAGAUUCUCGACUUCAUCUCCGACACUGAGAUCGUCCACACGAGUUUCCGGCUCUGGCUUACCACUGAAUACCACCGCAACUUCCCCAUCGGCCUACUGCAGGUCUCCAUCAAGUUCACGAACGAGCCUCCCCAGGGCAUCAGAGCCAGUCUGCAGCGCACGUACUCUGAUGUUUCCCAGGACUUGCUGGACUACACGAACUUGCCGCAGUGGCCGCGGCUGCUGUACGCAACAGCUUUCCUGUACACGGUGGUGCAGGAGAGGAGGAAAUACGGCGCUCUAGGAUGGAAUGUUGCCUACGAGUUCAACCAAGCGGAUUUCCAAGCCUCUGUACAGUUCAUACAGAACCAUUUGGAUGACAUCGAUCCCAAAAAAGGAGUGUCGUGGGUGACUGUGUGCUAUAUGCUGGGCGAGAUUCAGUUCGGUGGGCGCGUCACUGAAGACUUCGAUAAGAGGCUCCUACUGACCUUCAUGCACGUGUGGUUCAAUGAGAGACUCCUGACGCAGGACUUCAGGUUCUAUGAAGGUUAUGGGCUGCCCAACUGCCGUAGUCAGGCUGACUACCUGGAGUUCGUUUCUACCUUGCCCGCCUCUGACUCGCCCGAGGUGCUCGGCCUGCAUGCUAAUGCAGAUAUCACGUAUUACAUCAACACAGCCAAAAACAUCCUUCAGACAAUACUGAGUAUCCAACCUAAGGAAGGAGGCGGCCAACGGACUGGGGAGACGAGAGAGGCAGUAGUUUACGCGCUGUCUGAAGACAUGCUUGCCAAACUCCCGCCCGACUAUGUACAGCACGAGGUCAAGGAGGCGCUGCAACGAAUGGGAGCUAUACUUCCCAUGAAUAUAUUCCUGCGACAGGAGCUCGGCAGAAUGCUUCGGGUUUUGCGCACUGUUCGACAAACGCUCCAAGACCUUCAGCUUGCUAUUGAAGGCACAAUUAUCAUGUCGGCUACGCUGAAAGAAACACUCGAUGCCAUGUACGAUGCGAGGCUUCCUGAAAAGUGGCGUAAGAUUUCGUGGGAGUCGAGCACUCUUGGCUUCUGGUUCACGGAGCUGCUGGAGCGCGACGCACAGUUCCGGCGCUGGUACAUGCAUGGAAGGCCUAAAGCUUUCUGGAUCACGGGCUUCUUCAAUCCGCAAGGAUUCCUCACGGCCAUGAGACAGGAAGUAACGCGGCAGCAUAAAGGCUGGUCGCUGGACUGCGUCGUCCUGCAGAACCUCGUGACUCGCUUUACUCGGGAGGACCUGCAGGAGCCUCCACCUGAAGGAGUCUACGUCUACGGCCUCUACCUUGAAGGGGCCGCUUGGGAUAAGAAGAAAGGCAGGCUCAUUGAAUCGAAACCAAAGGUAUUGUACGACCCUCUGCCAGUUGUUUACCUCUACGCCUUGAACACAACUUGUGGCAAGAGUCCAUCACUUUAUGAGUGUCCGAUUUACCGCAAGCCACACCGAACAGAUGCGACUUACAUCGGUUCCAUUGAUCUCGAGACAGACUUGCCUCCUUCUCACUGGACGUUACGAGGCGUAGCUCUGCUGUGCGACAUCAAAUAAACAAAAACACAUUGAAGAUCAUUCCGUCGCAUCAUCUAAAAGUUUUAGAAAGCUACACGUCGUUUGAAAUUAUUGUUACACCGUCUCACUUGGUGUAAAGAGAGCUCCGUCUCCACAUAAAUUCAGAAUUUAUUUUAGAAUUAGGAAAUGGAGCUAUGUGGCUAAAAAAUAAAUGUAAAUCAAAUGUAAAGCAAAGAUUAUGGUCUAUACACCACCAAUAUAUUUGUUUGAAGUUUGGUAGUGCUUUUUAGAAGCCUGGUACCGGAAGUAUGUAGGGCUAUUUGGGAGUAUAUCUGCUACAUUUAUCGUGCUGGCAUGAGGCCAGUCAGAUUGGAAAAAUAAUAUGGCAUUGCAUUGGACAAUAUUAAAAAAGUUAGCGUAUU